UUCUCAUACCGGAUGAAUACUGAGAAGAAGAAAGAAAAAAGUGCAAUGUUUUGGUUAUGUACUACAUCAUAAUAGUAUUGUAAAGAAAAAUUUUAAAAAUUUGUCUAAAUGAGUGGCCUGCGUUAGUUGUGGAAGUAUGGAGGUUGGGGCUGGGAACAGAACUACCCGGUUUAUGAUGGAAGGUGUGGGGUCCCGUGUUAUACGUGGGCCUGAUUGGAAAUGGGGAAAGCAGGAUGGCGGAGAAGGGCAUGUGGGAACAGUUCGCAACUUUGAGUCUCCCGAAGAAGUGGUGGUUGUCUGGGACAAUGGAACUGCUGCCAAUUAUCGCUGCUCUGGGGCAUAUGAUCUUCGUAUUUUAGACAGUGCUCCCACAGGUGUGAAACAUGAUGGUACCAUGUGUGACACAUGUCGCCAACAACCUAUUUUUGGCAUACGAUGGAAAUGUGCAGAGUGUGGAAACUAUGACUUAUGUUCAAUCUGCUAUCAUGGAGACAAACAUCAUUUACGCCAUCGUUUCUAUCGCAUAACUACACCAGGCUGUGAUAGGGUACUUCUUGAACCUCGGCGCAAGAGCAAAAAAGUUGCUGUUCGAGGAAUAUUCCCAGGAGCUCGAGUAGUGCGUGGUGUAGAUUGGCAGUGGGAGGACCAAGAUGGUGGAAAUGGACGGCGUGGAAAAGUGAAUGAAAUUCAGGAUUGGUCUGCAGCCAGUCCCAGAUCAGCUGCUUACAUAAUUUGGGACAAUGGGGCAAAAAAUUUGUACCGAGUUGGCUUUGAAGGAAUGGCUGAUCUGAAAGUUGUAAAUGAUGCCAAAGGACAAGGAGUGUAUCGCGAUCAUCUUCCGCUUCUUGGUGAGCAGGGCCCGGGCCGCUCUGGACCUCACGGUUUGCAAGUUGGUGAUCAGGUUACUGUUGAUCUUGAUAUGGAAAUUGUCCAGUCUCUGCAACACGGUCAUGGUGGCUGGAUGGAUGGCAUGCUAGAAUGCCUUGGUGCCACUGGUUUUGUUGUAGAUAUUGAUGAAGAUCAUGAUGUUGUUGUGUCAUAUCCAAGUGGCAACAGGUGGACCCUGAAUCCUGCUGUUCUUACCAAAGUGCCAACUCCAGUUCUUGCAGCAUCUGGAGAACAACAAUCUCAGUUUGCUGUUGGAGAUUUAGUUCAAAUUUGCCAGGAUUUGGAACGCAUCAAAAUACUUCAGCGAGGACAUGGGGAAUGGGCUGAGGCAAUGGCUCCUACUCUUGGCAAAGUUGGGCGAGUGCAGCAAAUAUAUCAUGACAAUGACUUGAAAGUUGAAGUUUGUGGCACUUCCUGGACAUACAACCCUAUUGCUGUCACUAAAAUGGCAUCAGCAGAUGGUUCAAAUGGAGAGCGUCUGAGUGAGCUACUUAAGAAACUCUAUAAAACUCAGGGCACUGGUGAUGUGACAGAAGAACUAGUGAAAGCUGCUGCAGCUGGUGAUGUUCAGAAAGUUGAGGAGACCCUGAAACAUUCUGACCUGGAUGUGAAUGGAGUUUUUGCGGGUCACACAGCCCUCCAAGCAGCUAGCCAAAACGGACAUCUUGAAGUUAUCAAAAUUUUGCUUUUCCACAAAGCUGAUGUGGAAAUUGAGGACAACGACGGCGACCGGGCCGUGCACCACGCCGCCUUCGGAGACGAGCCGGUGGUGAUGGAGCUGCUGGCGCAGGCGGGCGCCGACCUGAACGCACGCAACAAGCGGCGCCAGACCGCCCUGCACAUCUCCGUCAACAAGGGCCACCUGAGCGUGGUCAAGAACCUGCUGGCGCUGGGCUGCCAUCCCAGUCUUCAGGACGAGGACGGCGACACGCCACUGCACGACGCCAUCUCCAAGAAGCGGGACGACAUGCUGAGCCUGCUGCUGGACAACAACGCCGACAUCACGCUGACCAACAGCAACGGAUUCAACGCGCUGCACCACGCCGCGCUGCGAGGCAACCCAAGCGCGAUGCGGAUCCUGCUGCAGAAGCUGCCCCGGCCCUGGAUCGUGGACGAGAAGAAGGACGACGGCUACACGGCGCUGCACCUGGCCGCCCUCAACAACCACACCAUGGUGGCGCGCAUGCUGGUGCGCCAGGGCAAGGCGCACAUGGACCUGCAGAACAUGAACGGCCAGACGGCUCUGCACCUGGCCGUCGAGCGCCAGCACAUCCAGGUCGUGCAGCUCCUGGUCCAGCUGGGCGCCAUGCUCAACGUGCCCGACAAGGACGGCGACACGCCGCUCCACGAGGCCCUGCGCCACCACACCUUGUCGCAGAUCCGACAGCUGCAGGACGUGCAGGGCGUCAGCAAGCUGCUCAUGGGGCUCAGCUGCGACCGCCAGGAUAAAGACAAGAAGAAGACUUCCGCCACGAUUGCAUGCUUCCUUGCUGGCAACGGUGCUGACCUGAAGAUCAAAAACAAGAAAGGGCAGACUCCGCUUGAUCUCUGCCCAGAUGCAAACCUUCUUGUGGCACUAACCAAAUGUCACAAAGAUCAAGAAAUGAAUAAGCUGAAGGCCCAGUAUGAAGGCGAUGCUGACGAUGAUCCUGCUACUCUGGAUGAAUGUAUGGUAUGCUCUGACCACAAAAGGGACAUACUAUUCAAACCUUGUGGGCACGUUGCUUGCUGCUCUCCAUGCUCUGUCCGAGUGAAAAAAUGCCUCAUUUGCCGUGAGGGCAUUGCCUCUCGUGUGAAGAUUGAAGAGUGUGUCAUAUGCUCAGAUAAAAAGGCAUCAGUCCUCUUCCGACCUUGUGGACACAUGUGUGCGUGCUACCAAUGCGCUCCUUUGAUGAAGAAAUGUGUUCAAUGCCGAACACAAAUUGAUCGCAUGCAAUCUUUCAUAGUUUGUUGUGGAGGUGUGGCCAACAACUCCGAUUUAGAUAACGAGUUUGGAGAAGGAGGAUCAUCUAUGGGAGCAGCUGCUGCAGUUGCCUCGGCUGUGAUAUCUCGGCAUCAUCAAAAUCAAGGAACAGACUCAAAAUCAUCUGACUUUGAUUCUGACCUUGAGGAUGAACUACCUCAUGGUUUGAACAGGCCCAAUGCAACAGCUUUAUCUACUGCUGCACUCAGUAAACGCCAUACUCCAGUUGUUGGACCAGUGGAGCCAAGACCAAUACAAGGAAAUAUAAUGAACAAUGGCAGCCAUGACACUUCAAAUGACAUCCAGAAAUUGCAACAAGAACUGCAAGACAUCAAGGAGCAGACAAUGUGCCCAGUAUGCUUGGAUCGCCUGAAAAACAUGAUCUUUAUGUGCGGUCAUGGAACAUGCCAAAUGUGUGGAGAUCAAAUGUCAGAGUGCCCCAUUUGUCGGAAACCUGUUGAAAAACGCAUCUUGCUGUAUCACUGAUCCACAAGAUUUCGGCAGCGGUCUUCGCAGCGAUUGUUGCCGAAUACACGGAGCCAUUCUGCAGACAGGCCCCAGCUGCGAAAUGCAGUGCUGCAUGCAACUGUGGAGAGGGCAAUGACACUUAACCGUAGGGUUCUUCCUGCAGGACGUAUACCAGUUCCUCCACCACGUGUGCCUCCAUUCAAACCAAAGGAGCUUGUAGUGAGGUUGCCCUCAGGCCCCAACGAAAUAUGAAGUCCAUAAUCCUCUGAAUUUUUCUGUUUUCGGCAUUUGAUCUCUAUCAAAAAGUUAUUUCUAGGACAUGUUUAUAAUGUGAGACUUUCUUCUUCUUUUUUUUUGUUUCUAAUGCAAAAAAGGUAUUUAAAAAUACUCUCAACUGUUUAGACUAUUUUACUUUUACAGUUUGCAAAGCAUAAUAUGAAUGUAUUUUUGUUUUCCUUAAAUUGUUCUUAGAGCUCUUUCUCUGUUUGGCCUCUUAUGACUUCAAUUAUUGUGUAUGUACUUCUAUGUUAAAGACUAUUCAAUUGAAAAAAUUUUGACUGA